AUACAUUUUUGCUUCCUAAUAACUUGAAACUUCUAAGAAUCCUCCUCAUGGAUCACCAUAACCACACUUUGACACUCUACACUGUCACUAACUUUUUCCACAACACGUACUCAGGGUUCCUUAGCUCGUCUUGACAGCACUUGGCGGCGAAUGCCCCUGUCGCCUCCAGCUACCUUCUUCCAAGCAGCACAGCGGCUCCUUCGCUAUUUCCUGUAUACGCCACACCAACAGGCACUGGCCAUUCCUUUCCUCCACUUGACAAGACUCAUCACUCCACUGGCCGCCCUUCCACGCUGUCACCCGCUGUCAACCAAACCCUGUCAUCUUAAAACGAGCCUCCAUUGUCAGCUGCAGCGAUGGAAGCAAACUACAAAAAAAAGGAAAGAACAUGAACAUUAAUGACAAAAACACGAACGAAGAACAUAGAACAGAGAUCAUAGAUGAAGUGACUUAAAUAUCGUAGAAGGAAAAAGAAAACAAGAAAAGGAAAAAGACAAAGGAAUUGAACAGAGAUGAACAAAAGGUGAUAAAAAAUAAUUGAACAAAAGUCGAUAUAAGAUGGACACGAUAGAAAAUGAACGUUACAGAAACUGAACAUAACUGAACAAAGGUUGAACAUAAAGUGUGGCGAGGUUCAACAUAAACCAUUUGAAUACAAAACAAGAACAAUGAACGUGUUCGCUUUAGUCUUCCUGAUCUUCGCUGUUCUUCAAACUUGCGCAGAACAGUUGAAGACGAAGGUUCUGCCGGAACUCAGCAGCCACACAUUUAGGGAAAACACGGACAUGAGUUUCGUCUUCUUCGCCACGUCACGCCUCCGCAUCAAUUUGACUUUAAACAAGGAGCCUUACGUGUUGUGCCGAGAGAUACCUGGCGCCAAAGUCGUUCUCCGCAAACUGGGCGACGGAUUCGGACAGUGUCUCGACGGCGUCACCCCCUACGAAUAUCAUGAAAUCAAACUGACUUUGCAGUCCAAUAAUUUUUUCAGGAUCGAAGACCCGAGCGCAGCCGCCAUCUCUCCCGAUGUUCUCGGACCAGUCACCGUCGACAUCUUGGUGGGGAAGGUUGUCGACGAGUCUCUGGAUAAUGUCACUGAUAAGGGCGGAGCUGCCUACGUCACGAGGUGUUAAGGGGUUGCCCCCGACCCGCCAGGAGACCCCGCCGUGACGUGGGUGCUGACCGGCGUGGUGGUGGUGCUGGCCCUCCUGCUGGCGCUGGCGGUGGUCGUGUCCUGCAUCCUGUACCUUCUGGUCCCGCCG